AUGACGAAUUCGUCUUCCUCGGCUCUUCUUCACCGUCUCGUCCAAUUAUCACAAACCCUUAAAGUGAAACUCUCCAAAACCCCGUACAAUCCGCCAGAAGGUUCCCCAAAUGUCUCCAUCAAAUCCACUCUGCAGGAUCUCCUACCAAAUCCCAACAUUUCGGAAGCCGAUUUCCGAACCCACAUCAAAGACUUCGUAUUAUGUUGUGCGUCACUAGCUUCUGCUUUGAACUCCUCCACUGAACACCUUUCGUGGAUUCCGAAUUCACUCUCGUUUACUGCACUCUCGGCAUUGGAAGAUUUUGCCAAAGCUUAUUGUAAUUCUAGCAACGUGAAGGAUUCAAUUAAGAUUGGUGAAUUGGAGUUGGAUUUGAGGUUCUUGGAGAGUGACAAGAGGCUGGUGAUCGAGUUGAUGCCAGAAGUUUUGCCUUUGUUCAAAGAUAAGAUUAAGGAGAGUGCAAUAGAUGAAUCUGAUGAUGGUGAUGGAAUUUCAGCUGCUAGUGCUAAGGCCCCAGUGGCUUAUGCAAUCAUCGCAGCCUAUCAGUUUCGAUGGAUUGUUACACAGGUGGAUUGUUUUAUUUUGGGGAAGUUGUGUCCUUUGGUGGUUCCUUGUGCUUUGACAGCUCUUGAUCACUGGUCUCAAGAAGUCAAGGGCCAGGGCAUGAUUAGCUUUAUACAUCUUGGAAAAAUUGUAAAUGCUGCUGAUUUUGGUAGCUAUGUAGAUGUAAUCCUUGAUGCUUGCUGCCAAAAUGUCGCUUCAGAUGAUGAGAUAUGGCACUAUGUGGUGGAGAUGUCAGUGCUUCUUGUCACUUCAACUCAGAGAAAUAAUCCUCGUAGUCAAUGGUUUGAAAGACUGCUCAAUGAGAUGUUAAAUCACUUGGAACGGCAACCAAGAAAUAAGCAGCGCCGUACUGCAUGGCUGACGCACAUUGAGCCACUUUUCAAUAUUCUUGGUCUCCUACUGCUUGCCCAUUUCAGGCGCCUCUUUCCUCUUUUCUUUAAGUGGAUGCAUGCUGAUGAUGAUGAAACAGUUUUACUGGUUCUGGAGCGGACCAAAACCAUUCUAAGAGUAACAUGGAUAAGAAAUUCACCAUUAAUUGAAAGAUUUGUGGACGAGCUUAUCACUCUGUACAAAGAGGCAGCACUGAAGGUUAAUCGGGAAGCUAUUAGAUCACUUGUUCUUCAAAUACUGACCCUUAUACAGCAUUCCAAUGGUUCACAUUUUGAUGCCACUUGGAAAAAGUACAAGGAUGAUCCGGACCUGAUAUCUCUCUCUGGCCGUUUCAACUCGAUAUAA